AUGAAUCUGUCAGAGAAGGAUCUGUAUUUUUUGGCUUUCCGACUUCGAUUGAGGACGCAAGAAGGCAUGAUAGGCAAAAGUGUCAGAAGUAUUUCUCAGAAACGAAUUGUCGAACUCUGUCCGGAAAACGGAAACAGUGUGAAUUACAAAGUGCGUACUCCAAACGAGGAAAAGCAAAAAAGUUCUUCAGUAGAAGGAAAGCCAAUGUCUAGUUUGACUAAGAUUCGGGGAUUUUGGAGUGAUGUGAGGACUCGCAGUACGAUAGAAGAGUACAUCCACAACACCCACAUCAACACUAUUAAAAAUAUAUGUGGAUUGCCUUUAUCCCCCUAUUUUUCCGCAUCAAAAAUAAAAUGGCUAAUCGAGAACGUGCCCAAUGUCAGACAAGCAAUGGAGUCUGGCAAUUGCUGUUUCGGGACAGUCGAUACGUGGCUUCUGUGGAUCCUCCCCCCUUAGGAAUAGAACUUGACGAAAGGGGAGACCUACCUGACGGACACGACCAACGCCAGUCGGACUAUGCUCCUCAGUCUGCACAGUCUUCAGUGGGAGGACAGUCUCUGUGGGUUUUUUGGACUCCCAAAAAGUGGAGAUUGGCUGCCCAGAGUGUGUCCUUCCACCUCACAUUUCGGGACUAUUUCGACCGAGGACUGUCAGUUUAAAGGGACUCCAAUAACAGCAGUGUUGGGGGACCAGCAGGCAGCACUGUUCGGCCAUCAGUGCUUCCACAGGGGGAUGAUGAAGAACACGUAUUGGGUGAUGCUUAUAAAUGUGGGCACUGAGCCAGUCAUCAGUCAGUCAGGACUACUCUCGACUGUUGCCUUCCACUGUGGCAUGCAGGGGUCGGUGGCAGCUGCGGGGAGUGCUCUCACUUGGUUGAGGGACAGUCUGGGCAUUGAUCAGUCCAGUUGGGAGGGACAAAUUCGGAGUCAGUUUAAGGAGUUUUCUUCAUUUGGGGCUGCUUUGGCUGCUGCCCACACACUUGGUCUGUAUUCAAUGGAGGAGGCAGUUCAACCGUGUAAUGCCCGUUCGAUUGCAGAAAAUGUCAUCCGUCCUUGUUUAAAUUUAUUUAUAAACGAUAUCUUACAAAAAGAUUCUUCAAAUAUUAUGAAGACUAUCCAUUAA